AUGUUUAUUAUUCGAUUUUGCUUUGUUUAUUCGUUCAUUAUUGUGAGCCAGAUAGUGGCUACUUGUCCAUAUAUUCGUACAUCUGUUAUAUUAGCUGAUUGUGUAUUUGAUACGAGUUUAUACAUAUCGCUUGGUGCACAUAUUUUUAAUUCAAAUUCAAUUGAUUUUAUUGGUCACUAUUCUUUUAAUAAUAAUAAUCACACGGAAAAUCAUAUUACGAAUACGCUGAUUUAUAAUUUGGGUAAUCGAUGGAUGUUACUUUUGCCCUUGUUACUCAAAUGUUCGCAUCAACCUGUUAAUUUGACAUUUACAGAAUGUCAAUAUACUAUGCGACAGCAUAAACACACAAGUAGAUCAUCAUCGAUCGCGGAAUAUAUGACCACUCAAUUGAGUGUUAUUAAUGUUACUAAUCUCGGUAUGCAAUCUGUACUAUUCUUACAGCCAGGAGAAAUAACUCUUCGCUCCUGUAAAGCAUACGACUGUUCGAAGCAACUUGUUUAUUUAACAGCAUCGAAUGAAACAUUUAAUUUCAAAAUAGAUUUUGAAAAGUCCAUUGGAACGAAAUGUUACUCGAAUGCAGAUUGUAGUAAUCGAUAUUCUACAAACGAUCUGAUCUAUUGCGAUCAAAUCUCACAAACAUGCCAAUGCUUUAAUGAGAACAUAACUCGAAUUGAUAUACCAAAUAUAGGCCGUGUAUGUACCGAUGCAAUCGAUCGAAGUAAUUGCUCAAAAUUUCCGCAGCGUUGCUUGCAAUGGUGUGAUGAAAGUAAAACAUCGCAUUGUAUUUGUCCGCCGCAUACGCGUAAGGUGAGAAAAAUUAAUGGAGUUUUCGAUUGCGAAUUAGAGCCAACUGGAAAAUGUCGAUUUGAUGAUGAAGAUACAAUCGGAACAACUAUACGAAAAUGUCCAACAGGAACUAUUUGUGAUGAUAAUCAAUGCCGACCACUAACAAUAUUUCGAAAAAAAUAUGACAUCGUACGAAACGAAACCGUUAUUUCUACAACAGCAUCUAUGAUUAAUUUAUUUUCUUCGCCAAAAAACGAAACGAUUCCAUUAACAACGAGUUUUGUAUCUAUUUUAAUAAUAAUAACUAUCGUUACUCUAUUAUGUUUUAUUCUUAUUAUAUUUAUUAUUGCAAUGCUUAUUAAAACGCAUCGUUGUCGUUUAUCAUCAUCAUCAGAAGAUAAAGUUUCAUCGUCAUCAUUUGCACAAUCAACAUCAACAGCUAUAUCAACAGAUUUCUCCAAUGAAAUCUAUCAGUUUCAACAAUUACCCAUUAUAUCAACAGAUUAUUCACGACGCUACGAGAAUUAUUUAAUCACACGACCAACAUUUCUACAUGGUAUUGUUCCGCAAUCAAAUUUAUCACCUCGUUUCCAUCGACAAUAUCAAGGACUCGAAAGAAUACAACGACGAGCACCAUUACAGAUAAAAUCACCGUCAUUGUCAUGUAAUAAUAAAUACACCGAUCAUGGAUUAUUAACAACAAAUAAAUACGAUAAUAAUAAUAAUAAUAAUAAUAAUAAUACAAAAAGACGUAAUCAUUUACCGACAGUCACACAUUUACAAAAUGGAGACGUUCUGAUUUCAGCCUAG